CUGUCGAGCGAGACAUCAUAGACUGUAGUGUUGUUGACAGUCCGCUUCAGUCCAAUUCAAAGUGUUGUUCGGUUCACAUCAACUGAAUUCAUGUUCUUACAGUUUUUUUUUUAAUAGAUAUAUACAUUUUUAUGUCACGGAAAUACAGUCAAUACAAAGCCUAGAGUUUAAGAGGGCUAGUCUAUCCUGGAGCCUUGGCUGUAGUACAGACCAGACUGACCACCAUUACUCCUGGGAACAUGAAACGACAACGGAAAGCCGACAGGCGUUCCCUGAGACAGGCCGGCCCCCAGGCCAAGAGGGGCAGUCCCCGUGUCCAAUGCGCUGUCAGCUCCCUUAUAAAGCAACAGCUUGUUGCUGAGCAGGUUUCAGACAUGAAGACUAUAUCAGGAGGAUUUGUUGGCCAGCACCUGCAGGAACUAGAGGAUGUGAGUGUGACACUCAAGCCUGACAGUUCAGGGCCCUCCGUCUCUUCGACCAAUGCUGAAAGGCUCCCACAGUCAUGCGAUCAUCUGGGUGAUGGGCAGACUCCUGCCACUACUGACAGUGCCCUUGUGUCCAUGAGUGAUGCAGUAUCUAUUCCGGACCAGAAGGAGGUAGUGGAGACACCAGAGCUGCAGGGCCUUGGCUCCUCUCUGAAGGUCACCAUCCAGAGGGAGAGCGACAGCCGGGCGUUCGGGGAGACGGCUGGACAGCCAGAGGGACAGCCGCAGGGACAACACCACUGCCACCUCUGCAGCAGCAGCUGUCCAAGCCUGCAGGCAUUUCAGAACCACAUGAUGGGGACAGAGCACCAGAAGAGGCUGAAGGUGGUCACAGAGAUUGUAAAGACAGCAGGAAGCAGGGAGGAUCAGCCAAUCAAGCCACGGUGGUGUGACACCUGCCAAAAACAUUUUAGUGGUGACGUUAUCCUUCACCGCCGGACCAAUCCGCAUAAGAUGUGUAAGCAGUCAUCUCGUCCCUACUGCCUAGUGUGUAAACGGCACUUCCGAACUCCCAGGAAGUUUGUGGAACAUAUGAAGUCACCAGAACACAAACAGAAGGUGCUCUUGGAGGAGGCACAGGAUGACGAGCUCAUCACGGUGGACGCCAUCGGCUGCUUCGAGGGAGAGGAGGGGUCGGGAGGGGAGGGGUCGGGAGGGGAAGAGGUGGUGGCUGAAGAGGGAGAUGGAAACACAAGAGGUGGAGGGGAGGAAACCUUCAAAGGAGAGGAAACAGAAAAACAGGACUACGACCCUGACACAGUUUACGGAAGCAGUUUUGUGGUCCCUGUAAGCGGUUUCCUGUGUCGUCUCUGUCAGAAGUUCUUUGAUAACGAGGCCACGGCGCGGCACACACACUGUCGAACGCACACACACUACCUCAACCUGCAGAUUCACCAGACGUUUGGAAACGAUGGGAACCUGACACAAGAGCACACAUCCUCACCACAGACAUCAACAGCACCGAAUGAGGAACACAAGUACACAUAGGCCACGGCCACACCAACCUGGGUACAUCUGAGAAGGCUCCAUUCUGGCUUUCCAUCGAGUUAGGCUCUCAGUGUACUGAUAUACACGAUGCAACAGUGGCAAUGGAAGAUCCUAGGGCAGGCAGUGCCCAACCUCUUUAAGGUCUUCUAACAUUACUGUUCAGCUGCUUCCUGCUCCUCGGUUCUGAAACCCAUCGACGUCUGCUCUUAAUAUCUAUGACCAAGUGCAGUAGUUUAGCAGUAGUUCGCUCAGGCUACGAAUAAUGAGGUCUGUCCGCUGUACAGUUAUUUAUCUAUGUCAAACAUCAAGAGUGAAAAAUGUCCUGUGACCCCAUAUGCAGUUCAAGUGACCCAACAUUGGGUCCCGACCCACAGCAAACGAACAAGCUAAAAAACAUCAUGUUUACGCCAUACUAGAUGCUAUUUAAAGUGUCAAUAUCUAGUAACUAUAAGUAUCCUUACAAUGUUACAGCAUCUAGUAUUGUAUAUCAGAUGCCUUGUCUGACCGUCCAAGAGAAUAGAGUAGGCCUAAACGGUUGCUUUGGAAAUAAGAGACAUGCUUUGGAUAUAUUUGACAAGAACACUUGGAGAAAGAAAGGGAAAAUGUUGAAUGUAUCGCUCACAUAAACAGUCAUGCUUUGGAAAUCUCUGUCUGUUCAAGAAAACACGGGGAGCAACAAGAGGAAAAGGCUGGUCAGGAGAUAGGAGGGGAAAAUGUAUGGAAUGCUUACUGGACAAGAGAUUUAGCUGUUAAAUAAUAAAUGAAAGAGGCGGAGAUGAAACCUUUUCACUUUGCACACACGUUAAUGUGGAUAUUGACAAAAAUAAAACCCACCAAACAGCCACACAGAGGAUGUUCUGGGGCAAUGAAAGGGAAAGACAAAGGCUUGUAAAGAUGAGGACAGACGGAAGGGUGUACAGUUACUUGGCAUCCCACAAUGCCACAGAUGACUGCUUCCUCUGGUGCUAAAUAAAGGCUGCAUCAUCAUUUUAA